AUGUCUACCCUCGAUCAGACACCUCCAACUUCAAACGCCCAGACUCAAUCCUCAUCAACUUUGCCUCCUAACCCCAGCCGUACCCUGAAAUGGUAUGUUACCAUUGAUCGCAUACUUUCGCCCACGGGUGAGCCUAUCGCAACGAGCGAGGAAGAGCGAGAAAGGUUUUAUCUUGACCUCUUUUGCCUCAAAGUCGAUUCAGCUGUGUUAGCUACCAAGUUGAACGAAAUCACAGUUGAAGACUUAUUAAAAAUCUAUCAAUCCAACCUAUCAGACUUAUUUCAGUAUGCUGUCAAGUGUCUCAAACCUUCAGAUGAUGAUGAAAUGGAUGAGAUUCGAUUACCCAACGUGAUCACUACUUUAUCAAUCAUUUGUCGGGAGAUCUUGAAAAAGAAAGAUUUCCAAAACUUUAGUAUUGAUAUCAUCAAUCUCUUUGCUGGGUCCUUGGACAACAGUGAUCAAUUAUUUUCAGAAUUAGUAGCAGGAAUUGAUCGUAUUCUUGCAGACUUCAAUCAAAGUCUCCUCAUUCGGCAUAAAACACUUCAACUGGCAUUAUCCAUUGUUUCAGCCAUUAAUCAAGGAUCAAUAAAUGCUUAUUUUCUUCGUAGAGACCUUUUCAGCACCCUCGCUGGGAUUGUUUCUGAUCCGAGGACCGUUUCAAUGACAUUCGAUGGCGUACUACUACUAGGUUUACUGGCAAACUUCCGUCGUUUCGAGUCCAGGAAUCCAUACUUGGUUCGAAUGGAGGAUUAUGUUGAUGAAAAGGCGAUGGAACGGAUCAUUACCUUGAGUGUUCUUGCAUUGGGUGAUGUACGCUCUGGGUAUAUGGAAGCUCAGGAAGAGAAAACGACUUCAUUACUUGGAAAUGUCAUGGGUGCAUUAAGCUCAAUCAAACCAUCAAAUCCCACCCCACCAAGCGAGCCAUUUCGAACUCACCCACUCAUGCCAACUUGUAUACUUUUACCACUCUUUGAUUUCUUGAGGGCCAACACGACUUUCUUGAAUGUCUUAAUGGCAGAUGAUGAGUUUUGGGCUGAAUAUUUAUCAUUUGCUAGUUACUUAUUUUCUCAUGCAAGUGCUAGCAAACGGUCAAGAGCUUAUGCUAGACUUGUACUGGUCACCCUGAUCGUUUUAAUUGAGGAAGGUGGAUUAGUCUUGAGUCAACGUGAAAGACAAGUGACUGUGAAAUUCUGUAGACAGCGACAACCUCAAUUACCUCUGAUUUCAGAUCAACCAAGACCACCGAUUAGCUCAGUCUUAGAUCUUACGAUUCUUUUCUUACGACAUAAUCUUAGAAGAGAACUUGAUAUUGAAAGUUAUUUAGAUUCUUUAAGACUGGUUCAUAGUGUUUUAGUUAAUCUUCAAGCUCAUCAAGUUAGAUUAGAUUAUGAUUGGACUGGAUUAUGGAGAGCUUUAGUUUGUGUGGGAUCAUUGGUUGGUGGACGUGGUGGUGAAUUAAAACAAUUCCCAAAUAUCGAUAAAGUAGCUCAACAGAUUUUAGAUGUCUUUUCAUUUGCAGUGAUUUGGUCUGAAACCCUUUUUAUGGACACAGAUGGAGUAGCAGGAUUAUACUAUGAAAUCUUAAGAGCAUCACAUACCAUUCGACAAUUACUUAAAAUCGCAGGUCUUUGUCCAACUGAACCAUUAACUAAUACGAUACCUACUAUUGGAAUCAUUUCAUCUAGCGCAGGCGCAGGUACGAUUGAAGGUGGUAAAAAUUUAGAAAUGAUUUUGAAAAGUUUUGAAAGUUUAAUGAAAAGUAAAAGUAGAUGGGAAGCUGAAGAAGUGAUUGGAUUGGUUAAGGAACAUUUAGGGUCUAUUGAAUUUAUUGAUACGUGUUCUUUGGAAGCAAGGAGUAGAAGGGCGGAUCCUUAUCGUCUAUAA